CAUUGAGCUAUCCGCCAAGCUCUGCAAAUCAGUCUGCAAUUUCCGGCUCUGCAUCUGAGAGAAGCUGUGUCGAAGUUAUUGGAUUGAGUACCAGUGCUGGUGCGGCAAUUGCUACCAAGAUUUGCGUGGCUGCACCGGCUGCAGCAAUGGCGUCAGCCUUGCACUCCGGAUUUCAAAGCAACGCUGCCAUCCAGCUGAGGCAGACCAGCCUUGCUGCUAGUGUGAAGCUAGAUGGAACGGCAUCUCGCUUCCUUGCCACAGGACCUGCCAUGCAUUCCCUGAGUCCUUCAAGAUUUGGUUUCCAGGUCAAGAAAAGCCGCGGCAUGAGCCCAUCCUACGGCAGAGGCGCUGCCGUUGCGCUCCUCGUUGGCGCCGCGUCCGACGAUCCCACGUGGCAAACGUCCACUGUCCCGGUCAAGAUCAGCGACCCGGUCAGCGUCAUCUGCAUCGGGUCUUUGGUGAUCAAGCUCGCCAAACCAGAGCCUCUGACCAUUAGCCUUCAAGCGACCCCCGUUGAGAGCCCACCAUCUGGCGACAACGCACCGGCAGAGACAGCCGUGGAUGAGAAACCGGCCAUUGAGUACCGCGUUCAGCUGCCGCCGGCCCCCGAGGGUACUGCCGGUUCUCCUGAGCCUCACGCCGGAGGUGGAAUGCGGCCCAUGUCUGCACGCCCCGUUGUACCCCCCGUCGUUGUAGGCGGCCGAGUUGACAUUCACCACCCCGUACCGUGGCCCCGCCCCCGCCCCCCCCACGUCCCCCAAUAG